AUGGCGGAAGGUGUGUUGCCUUUCGUUCGUGGUCUGGAUUUAACCAGAAAUGACUUCAAGGUAGCGUUUUCCUGCUGUUUUAACUUCUCCAUGGAGAACUCUAAUCUCUAAGCCAGGGUUCUUAUUUCAUUUGCAGAAGCUGGAUUUUCCGAAACGAGUGGCAGACAUGCCAAAUUUGCGAUGGCUGAAGUUGAACAAGACUGGACUAGACGCUCUGCCCGAUGAACUCUCUCAUCUUAUGAAACUGGUGAGGAAAAGGGAUUCAGAAGUUUCCUAAGUAUAUUUUCUCUUUGUAUUAUCUUUUUAGCCAUUUGAAAGCAUUUUCCCCAAAGCUCUUGUUAUGGCUAAAAGUCACACGCUACCUCUGAAAGUCAGCAAUCAGCUGUCUUAAUACAAUUGGCCUGGGGUGGAUUAUUGACCCUUCUGGGUAUAAAUAAGUACUUGAGCGCUUAUUUGAGAAAAUAUGAUAAGCCUUAAAUGCUAGUUCUUUGUGAUAUUUUGCUUAAGAAAUAAGCUUAUCUCUUUUAGACAAUAUAUCAAAGUUGGCAAAUUGGGCUGUGCAGAAAGUUACCGUGAAAAAGAAAUCAUUUUGCUAAGUUUAUUGUCUAUACUGGCCACCUUCAGUGGGGCCAGGGCUUGAACUGCUGACGUCCAGUGCAAAUGGUCCUACAUAUAUGAAGUUGUAACCACUAAUCCACUGCACUCCAUAGUUUCCAUGCUUAUUAAUUAGCAGUGUUUGCUACGAAAGAGUCAAAUAGUUUUACACUUGCUUUAAACAGCCUUCCCAAAGUUGUACAAUAGGCCUAGUGGAGCAAUAAAGUAAUCAAAACAAAAAACAACUUUUUAGAAGAUUGUUUUAAGCUGUUCAAUUUCAGUCUUGACCAGUCUAAAAAUCUACUAUGGGAACACUGUCAACAUCAUCGUCAUCAUCAGGCUUCUGUGAUUUUUUGGGAAAAAGUGAAGAACAGCGAUCCCCCAAAAAACUAUCAGCCAACUGUUGGCCAACAGUCCGCCCACUGUUGACCAUGUUAUUUUCAUGUUACUCUUUGAUCAUGGUUUGCUCGCAUUGAGGUAACGAUGCAAGUGCGGGACUGGUUUAGCGAGAUAGAAAUGUCAUGGACGGUCUUAUCUGGGAAUGCUGAUUAAGAAGUCCAUAGAAAACGUUGGUCUAUGAGUAAAGGAUCGUUCUUCGAAGACUCUAAAAUUUCUCUUGGACAGUGGCUAAACAUCAUUUACAGCGUAUAUCUUCUUUUUUUCAGUGUUGGUUAACUGUCUGUCAAUUGUUGGUAUGCUGUUGGCUGACAGUUGGCCAACAGACUUUUAGGGGAGCUUUUCUUCACUUUUAGCUAUUUUUUUUCCUAUGCAGGAAAACAAAUAGCUGCAACUAUAGUUUAUAGCCAAUAGGAAGUGGAGUUAUAUAAACUGAAAAAAAUAUGUUGCAUGAUAAUGCAUCAGACUGUUUGUUACUUGCAAGGUUCCAUGUAUGAAUCAGAGUUGAUCUUUUGCCAUUCUAUUAUAUAAGCUCAGUCAAACAGAAUAGCAAGUGGACUUUAAUAUAAAUCGAUCCUAAUAGCGCUUUGCACUAUUACUAAAACAAGACUCGCAUGGUGGAGGUUCAUUGGGCUGCCAAUUGUGGAAAGUAUCACUCUUUUCCAGCUUGAGUGGAAAGCUACUCCUAACCUGUGGUAUGCAAAUUAAGUUUCGGUUUUAUUUCUGUCAGAAUUUCAUUAAAAGGCCUUCUAACUAUCCAAGUCAACUUUUCUUUAAUGGGCAAUCUACAAGUAGCAUCCUUUCAUGUCAGGAAAGACUUUUCACCCGCAGGGAGAGAAUUGCAUCAAGUUGAAGCUUUUCCAAGGGGACCGUAUGAGGGCAUUUUUUAGCUCCUGCACAAGCUAACUUUAGUAGCAAGAUCAUCGACUACUUUAACUAGAUAAUCAUUUGGUGUAGAUAUAAGGUCAAUAAUAACUCAACACAAUUAUUUUAUCAAUUCGUAUGUUGAAGUUUACAUUUACAUUUGCUGAACUUAAAGUUCAACAUUUGAAAUGGGCGUGAGUACCAGCCCUGGUUUUUUUUUUUUGUUUAGUGCUAUGGGUAGUUAUAAAUAAUUGAAAAAAUAAGGAAGAUUAUGAGCCAUUCAUAAACAGAGAAAUACUUUCAAUGGAUAUAAUAAAUAGCCUCACUAUCUUUGUAAUUUCUUUUAACAGGAGCAUUUGUCUUUGAAGGAAAACAGUUUAGCAAGUAUCCAUGGUGAUCUGUCCACUCUCUCUCAUUUAAGGGUAAACAAUGAUGUUUUUACUUUUUACCCUGAUCGAUCCGUAGACUGAACAGGAAAGACAAAGACAAAUAUUGCGAUAUAUGUUUUGUUACUCAUAAUUAAUUUGAUCUGUUAAGUUCUAGAUUGAUGUAGCACUAAUGGUAAAACAGGGAAUAAUUUUAGUGUUUAUGAAAGUGCUUAAUGUUCAUGAAAAAUUUCAAUACAUUUUAAACUCAUCACAAAUAGAUGAGCUUGGGAACUGGUGCCUUAAAGGUUAGCGGGGUACCAGAUGCUAUAGUCGCAGGGAGGUAUCCAUGGCAACCCUGGAAUGCACUGAAAAUCAGUGAAAAUAACUUACCUGAAAAGAUACUUAUCCUGGCCACCAAAUGCAAAAGAGGGAGAGGGGAGAGGGUGCUAGAAUUUGCAAUGAUUCGCAAUAGCUAAGUUUUUGAUCAGCAAAGGUCAGCUGAUAACAUUGCACGUUUAAAGUAAUGAACCUCGAAACCAUGUAAAACCACUGAAGGCCACCCGAAAGGUCACGUGCUGCAAAUGAGACCGCUGGACUGCAUUUGCUCAAAUUUAACUUUGCCUAAGUGAUAUUUAGCCACAUCCAAGCUAAGACCUUCAUCUGUGGAAUACUGAUGGAAACGCAGCAAUGUUCCUGUUGUCUGUUAUCUUUGUUUCCUUUUCAACUAAGCUGAUCAAAUAAUAAUUAUUUUAUCAAUACAACAAGUUUGACUUCUUUUAAGUCAUUUUGUUGUUUUGCUGCUUGUGUCAAUAGAUUUCUUUAAAUAAAUUAGUACCUCUUAAUUUGUUUACCUUGUGGUUAAAUCAUUGCUUUACCACGUCACUGAUAUUUAGUAAAAGGUGUACAUUAAAAUACAUAUAGAAUUUUGUUUUUGACAGCAUAAUUUAAUUAUGUUGACGAAAAUGUGGACUUUCUUUUUUGUUUGUAAGGUAAUAAAUGCUCGUCAAAACCAGCUCAAGAAUUCUGGAAUUCCUGGGGAUAUUUUUGGUUUAGAAGAUCUCUUAACAAUAGUAGGUUGCCAUUGUUAAUCAUUUCUGGAACACUUUACAUGUGCUUAAUUAAUAAUAUCACACUGGGUCAAUUACUGGUCCAACCAAACGAUUCCAUUGAGAAGUCCAGGAUAGUGGGAUAGUCUGCCACAUCGGGCACUAGGAGUACAGUCGACUCUCUCUUAAUGGACACCUCUAUAAGACAGACACCUCUGUAAAACGGACGCUUAGAGUUGGUCCCUGCCUUUCUUUACUCCCUUUAUUUGACUCUCUAUAAGACGGACACCUCUCUAAGACGGACACUUAGUGCCCGUCCCAAAGGUGUCCGUCUUAGAGAGAGUUGGCUGUAUCAGUAAGGCUAUGUUGUCGAGACAGCCAGAAGAUCACUACAAGCUCACUAGUUUCACUGGCCCUCAAACUAGCCUUUUGGUCCUUUAAGUAGUUCUGCAGUGCAUGUUAUCAGUGUUGAGAAAAUUUUUAUCAUCAUUAUUUUUCCCCAUUUUUUCAGGAUUUCAGUCAUAAUCAGCUCAAAGAGGUAAGAGUUCUUCUCAGUGGUAAAGGUUACUUUUAUGGCUGGGAAACAAUAGUUACUCUUACCCACAAACUUAAAAUGUAAUGAUUGUUUAGGACUAAAAUACCAGUAACUAUUAUGAAGAAGGAUCCUCUGCCUUAACUCAUCUUUUACCAAAACAGGAUGUAUUUUUUACCUUUUCUAUUUAUUCCAAUCUCUUUAGGCCCUCCUUUCAUUCCCCCUUUUGUACAUCUCCAGCUGAAGAUGACACUGUUGUUUUUCUUUUAUUUACUUUCCAUUCAAAGAAAUCAUGUCUUUCAUAUGCCUUUCAGUUAUACUCCGGUCAUUAUGUUGUACCAUCAUGUAAGUUUCCAUGUUUUAUGUCUUUUCCCUUUUUAGGUACCUCCAGAGCUGGAGAAUGCCAAAGCACUCAUUGUUUUGUCACUUAGUCAUAACAAGUGAGUCAUGAUAAACUUUAUCUUCAUAAAAUACGGCUUUGGUAAAGUGUUUUGUUGCUGUAAUUCUACUUGUACAUGUAUCUAUGAUUGAGGAGGUAGCUGGUCGGUGAGCACUCCAGUUCACCCCAAUCGGAGUUUUGUUUGUUUGUUGUUGUUCCCAAUGUUGGGCCAUGCUUUAAAUACAUGCAUGUAAUCCAAAUGGUUUUCCAUCCUUAUCAAUAUGAUUUACAACCUUGUUAUACUAUUAUUAGACAGAAUGUAAGUCAAAUAAUUUUUGCUUUAGUGCUUAGCCCCACCCACCUUUGCCAUCGUACAUGUUAAAGUGCAUUCCUUGUUAAAAAAAAGGUCCUUUCUCUUUCAGAAUUUCUGUUAUUUCAAAUCAGUUAUUUAUUAACCUGACAGACCUAAUCUACUUGGACCUUGGCAACAAUCUCAUUGGUUAGUGUAAAGUGGAGGGUUAUGUAAUAUAUAUGUUGUACUUAAUUUUUUAUCCCAGGUAAUUUUUCUUUUUCUGUUUUUCAUUACCAUACCCAAAAACAAAAGAAAAAGAAAAAUUACCUGAGAUAAAAAAUUAACUACAACAUAUUCUUGUAGACGUAGGCGUAUAGUUACUAUUUGUUUAGCUCUUUUUAAAUUAAGGUUUCACUGAUUGUUUGUAGAAUAUUGUAUUUUUUGUAUCCACAUGUAGGAGAGGGGCCUAACACUUGCAGGGGAUUUACUGAUCAUUAGCACAAGUUAAUGAGGGUGGGAAAAGGAGAACAUUACGGCUUCUUCCUUUUUUUUUGUUUUCCUUGCUUUUUUGUGGUCAUUCUAAUGUUUAAUGUUUUAGGCAUAAUAAUGCAUGGUUAUGAAUGAUAAAUUUGCCUUCAUUUCCAGCCCUUUGUUUCCUGGUCUAAGGAAAUAAUCAAAACACAACAUUUUAUGAUCCCUUGCAGAAUCCAUUCCUCCACAACUAAGAAGACUGGUUAACUUACAGACCUUGGUAUGUUGUGCUAAGCUCUUUGUCAAGCAGCUAUGAAAAGCCCUGAUGAUGUUAAUUUUUUAAAGGUUGCAAGUUAUAGUUUGCUUGAUGGGUAAAUCAGUCUCAAACUUUAAGAUGAUGAAGUUACAUGUAGAUGCAACAUGUGCUACUAGCUUUGUAAACUAGGCAAUAGUCACAGACAAAUUGAAAUGUAAUGCAAAAGGCUUUAGUUUACAGCAGACAUAUUUGUUUUAGCUUUCUCUCGUCAUCAUUAAGCCACAAGAGAAGACAGUUAUUGGCAUAAGAAUAAUACAAGUGUCUUUUUUACAUCUUAAUUUGUAUAUUUUUUUGUAGAUUCUUAACAAUAAUCCACUACUUCAUGCUCAGCUAAGGUCAGUUGAAAUAUUUUGUUGUAUUUGAUCAAAACCCUUUUUUAUUGUUGAUAAGUUAAUGAAGGCAGAUAACAUUCAGUUUGGCUUACUUUAAGAGAAUUUCAAUCAAACUCCAAACCACUGUACUUUGCACCAGACAAUCUAAUGAACCUGAGGACAGCCUAAAACAGAAUAUAGUUGAUGAGAUUCCUCGGAACAAACUGGCAAAUAAGUCGGGGUUUUUUUACAGUUGAACCUCUCUACAAUGGCCACCUUGGGGACAGAAGAAAGUGGCCAUUGUAGAGAGGUUGAACAAGCGUGAAUGCAUGCACUGUCCACCCCAAAAAAUGGCUGUUGUUGAGAGUAAGAAGUCGUGGAGAGGUGGCUGUUUGUGGAGCUUUGACUGUAUUUAUUUACGUUAAGAAUGUUCUUUGCUUCAUUUACCACAGGCAGCUUCCAUCUUUGACCCAGCUCCACACCCUUCACUUGAGAAACACACAGGUAAAAACAUUGUGAUACAUAUUAAUAUUAAAUAACAUUUUCUUGUCUGUCUUUGUACAAUGUAAACUUGAACUAUACAGGGUUUAGUGAUUCAAAGAAUUUUUUUUUCUGUCCUUUUCAGAGAACAGUUACAAAUAUGCCAGGCAAACUGGAAAGCCUUGUCAACCUUACAGGUAACUAGAAAACUGCUAUCAAAACAUGGCAUAACUGUUACCUACAUGUAGUAUUGGUUGUAUAUAGCAGUUUCUGCUUGAGGAUCUCAAAGCCACUUUUAUCAUGAGGCAGGAAUACCUGUAGUUCGCUCUCAAAACAUGAUGCUAACAAACACUGUUAAAAAUUGUUCUGAAUCAGCACAUUGUUUGUGUUACUGGUAUUUGGUACAAUUUCUUAACACUCAUUUUUUCUGUGUUUUUCAAUAACAGACCUGGAUUUGUCUUUUAAUGAUCUUCCAAGAGGUAAGAACUUGUAACAUUCUGUUCAAAGACUUAAAAGUUUAAAGGAGCUGUGUCACGAAAUUCAGCCAAAUUAGGAAGUUACAAAAUGCUCGUUAAAUUAAGAGAAGCAUAGAAAUAACCGCUUAAAAUUUUAAAGGAAGGUUAAAAUAACAUAACAGAAACAACAGAUGUCACGGAUGGGCAAAACUGAAGAAGAUUGAAACAGAUUGAAAUUAGGAUUUUUGAAAACUGUUCAGCCUAACAGUUUUUCAAAGUUGAUCCCUGCUGCUUGCAACUUCAAAAAUAAUGCUCACUAGACAUAUUUGUUUGUCUCAGAUCUCUGAUUUUGACAUUUACAUGUAAUUUCUUUUCUUACUUUAAGUUCCAUAGCGAUUGAGGGCGAGUAAUUGGCAAAAUUAAACAAAAUGAACUGGACUGCCGUGACACAGCCCCUUUAAACUGCCUUGUUUAUCACAGUGCAUGCAUUUCUUCAACUUGGAAAUGCAUGUACUUUUGAUGGCCAUGAAAGAGAUGUGGCCCCGUCAACUGUAUGGUUUUUUUGAGGCCAAAACUUGGAUCUUAAGUAGCUGGUAUGAGAAGCUGGCUUGCGGGCCAGUUUUUCUUUUACAAGACCUCAAUGAAAACAGCCACUUUCAUUUCAUUUUUUUUGUCAGCAUUCCUUUGAAGAAAUUCAUCGAGCAAAAAUAAUAAAAUGUUAAUACAUAAAUUUAUUAGAGCCAGUAAAAAAUAUGGCUAAUGGCUACUGACACUGUCAUUAUCGGUAAAAAUGAUCUUGACCUAAGGUGCUCUCUCCUUUUGCGCAUUGGUUAUGGUGUCAUUCACCCCUGCAAGGUCCAUGGGAAUGGCAAAUGUGUUUCCCAAAAUCGACCAAAAUCUGUUUUAUGAGACAAUGAUUGUUCAUGUAUACAACCCAAAUUCAGUCUGCAUAUUAGGAGUGUAUUCUGCUAUGUUGAAGAAAAUAACCAUGGUUUGCUUUUUGGUUGCUUUCCUUCCCUGAUUUAGUUCCAGAACCAGUGUACAUGAUAGCCAGUCUCAAGAGAGUUAACCUGUCACACAACCAAAUAACUGAAGUGUCUACUCUUAUAGGUUAGUUCAACAGUUUAACUGUGUAACAAGAAAAAAAUAAUACUCAAUGAAAUGUCAUUUAGUAAAGAUCUAAUAAUCAAGUCUUGAAAAUACUCCCGUCUGGUAGUCUGGGAAAAGUAAAUUUUCUUGGCCAAGUAACUUUCUAAAACUUUCUUGCCGAAUUGGCAAGGGUCCCAGGGCAAGCAAGAUGCUGCUUGUCCAAAUUAAGGACAAGCUAGAGUUCAAGUUGUUUUUUAAGCCCUGAAUAAUACUAAUUUAGUAACUGAAAAAUUUAGUUAAAAAAUGAUCUCAGAGACAGUGGAUUGAAGCAUUGUUGCCAGGUGUGAAAAAUAGAAGAGUAAGCAAAAUUAAAAUUUCAUAGAGGGCAUUAUUGGAGUUGUAUGAAGAUGUGAAAAAAACAGGCACAGGAAACCCAAAGUUAUUAAUCUAUGGAAAAAUGAUUAAGUUGCUGCAAACAUUUUUUUCAGACACCUGGACCCAAUUGGAGACAUUAAACUUAUCAAGAAAUCAACUUACAGGACUUCCAGUGAGUGAAUAUUAUUAUCCUACUUUUCUUGAUAUUUUUGCGGUAAAAAUAGCCAACUUGAACAAUGUUUUAAAGUCAAUGUGAUUUACAUUUAUAUACCUUAACUGUGGAGUGAGAAGCAUGAGAUUUGGUCAGCUAUUAAAUAGUAAGAGGUUAAUGGUUUCAUACUGCAUAACCAUUCAUAAUAUUAACUAGUGCUACUACUAUUUUGAAUGUCAAAAACAUUUUGUUUGUUUUAGGCAGCCCUUUGUAAGCUGGUAGCCCUUAAAAGACUGUUUAUAAAUGGUAGGUUUAUUACCCUUUAAAAGUAUAGUUAACUGUUACUUAAAAAUCUGUUACAAUGUAUUUAAAAUUCAUAUAUUUUUGUAUUUUAAAAGACACUUUUGUAAGUCACUACACAUGAAUCUGUAGUGAAGCUGGUUCCUCAUUAAAGAUUGUUAUCAUUUAAAAUGAAUUGUUUCGAUAUUACAGGUAUUUGCUUGGCCCAUUUUUUACCAUUUUUGCUCAGAAACACACCUGUUACUAGUGGUUUUUAUAAUUUUGUUUCAGGAAACAAUAUCAACUUCGAAGGACUGCCAACUGGAAUUGGAAAAUUAUACAAUCUAGUGAGUUGUCAGUUGUGAAAGGUUCUGUGAAAUUCACAAAUUGUUAAUUUUUUAUUUUUCCCCCUGGAGCUACUGUACUCUACCUAGACCCCGCUUAAACAAUAAAAAUACUGAGUCAAAUAAUAAUAAAGUUCCAGAAAUCAAUUGUGUCCAGACAGUUUGUUAAUGUACCUAUAACUCUUCUGAAAGUGAUUGUGUAAUUUCUUGUAGGAAAUUUUUAUGGCAGCAUGCAAUAAACUGGAAUGCAUCCCAGAAGGAUUAUGCAGGUAUGUUAAACAGUGGAGAGGAAAGCUUGAUAACUGAUGCGGUUUAAACUACCAGUAUUGUUUUAAGAUUUUAUGAACAACCAGGUUACAUGUUCUACUAAUCUGACUCAAGUUUUAGCCAAACAACUUUACAACUUAUUAUAGUUUGGCAUUAGACUGAAAAAUAUCCUGAAAGUUAUGCGUGCAAGCGAAAAUCAUUGCUGUCCAGUUUUGACAGUUCAUUAUGGGAAUUGGGUGUCUGUAAUUUCAGUUGAUUCUCCCCGUUAUGGCCACCGUUUAAUAUGGACACCUCUCUGUGACAAGCAGUAAAGGUGGUUCUGGAUUUAGAGAUACCGAACUUCAUAAAAUCCCUUCCUUUACAAUAGACUCAUCUGUGAUUCUGACAGUUGACUCUAUUGCUUCCAUUUUCUUAUUAUGGUGUUUUCACUCUAGUGUGUGUUCAAAGCAACUAAGGGAUCAAUUCAACUUCAGGUGGCCAUCUUAUAAAGGUGUCCAAAUGAGAGAGGGCUGAUCGCAAAAAAAGUAUUAGAUUUAAACCUGUCUUGCAUGCCACUCAACAGGUGUCUGAAGCUGCGCAAACUUACUCUUCACACAAACUGUUUGUUCACUCUCCCAGAAGGAAUUCACUUUUUGACAAACUUAGAGGUAAGAGCAGUGAUUAUGUUCUAAAUUGCCUGGUUGAGUCCUUAUCUUGUGAAAAAUCAGAAGUCCCAGUCGUGAAUCAUUGAGUCCCAAUCCUAAAACCAAUGAGUCCUAUGCAAAAGAUUCUUGAGCCUACAUGUGUCCUACCUAGCCAUUAAUCUGAAGUCAGUUUUGGCUUGGUGUGAACACCUGUAACUCUCCUAAAACAAACAAGUCAUCACAACAUAGUAAAUGAAAAAUAGUGGAGGAUGAAAACUGGAUAACUUGGAACAGAACCAACAACAAGAUCAUCACACAUGAGAACUUGAGGGCUUUGAAUUGAACCCAUACCAACGACCUCGCCAUUUCUGCUUCCCUAUAGAAGCCUAGUGAACAGAGUUCUUACUUUUAUCUCCACUCAUCUUUUCACACGCUUGUAAACCUGCCCAGUGGUGGAAGGAAAUCAAACAGCUAAGUGGUUUUUCUAAGGUCGAGCGCGCGAGCCCCAUCGCAGACCUUCAACACCUUGCGGAUGAGGGGGAAGACGCUAGACAUUUGGCCAAUGUUAUUAACGACGCUUUUUUGUCACCAAUGACCGCUUUCACCCCUCUAGUCACGCCUGAUGCACACGCGCGUGUGCGCGCGUAUACAUGCCAACAAGAUCUUCCCCGUCCGAUAUCUGAGUUUUCAGUCUUUGAGAAACUAUCGGCGCUUAAUACGAACAAAGCAUCCGGACCUGAUGGAAUCCCUUCUUGGGUAUUAAAAGAAAACGCGGACUUAUUGGCUGCACCAGUGGCAGACAUCUUGAAUUCUUCCUAUUUGGAGCGUCGCCUUCCAACUUCGUGGAAGAAAGCGGACAUUACACCCCUCCCGAAGACUUCACUUGUUAGCGAUGUGAACAAACACCUGAGACCCAUUUCGUUGACUCCAAUUCUCUCCAAAGUCGGGGAAGAGUUUGUCGUUGACGGCUACAUCAAGCCUGCCGUCCUUGCGAAGAUUGACCAGAACCAAUAUGGGACUGUUCCGAACUCCAGCACAGUGCAUGCCCUGAUCAGCAUGCUCCACAACUGGUAUAAGAAUACUGACGGCAACGGUUCUACUGUGCGCGUGGUGCUCUUUGACUUUAGGAAAGCAUUCGAUCUCAUCGACCACGCCAUUCUUAUGGCUAAACUUACUGAUUAUGAGCUACCACCUUGGGUGCUGGACUGGAUUGCAGAUUUUCUUACUGACAGGAAGCAACGAGUGAAACUCGCCCACGAUUGCUACUCGGAUUGGGGAUCUGUCAGGGCAGGUGUCCCGCAGGGGACAAAAUUGGGGCCCUGGCUCUUCCUGGUAAUGAUAAAUGACAUCAAUGUCAAUGGUGUCAACCUUUGGAAGUACGUCGAUGACACAUCGAUGGCCGAGACAGUCCACAAGGGCCAACCAAGUGGAAUCCAAUUUGCUGUAGACGACCUAGUUAGGCAAGCCGAAAUAGAUAAGUUCCAGUUGAAUGAGACCAAGUGUAAAGAGUUGCAGAUAAGUUUCUCAAGGUCUGUAGAUCCUUUCGAAACAGUUACUAUUAACAACAAACCAAUUGAGGUUGUAACUAGCGCAAAACUUCUUGGUCUCACAAUUUCAAACAAUCUAAAGUGGAACGCUCACAUAGAGAAUGUUAUCAAAAAAGGAGCCUCUAGGCUAUACCUAUUAAGGCAGCUUAAGCGUGCAAAAGGAGAUCCUGCGCAGCUACUUUGUUUCUAUACUACGUGUAUCCGGCCCAUGUCUGAAUAUGCCUGCCAAGUUUUCCACAAUGGUCUGCCUGAGUAUCUCUCUGAAGAGCUAGAGAAAAUUCAGCGCCGUGCACUUAGAAUUAUUUUCCCUGAUUUAGGCUAUCAAGAGGCUCUAAAAGAGUGCAAUAUUGCCACCCUCCACCAACGGCGCCAAUGGCUGACAGAGCGCCUAUUCAAUGAGAUUAAGGACAACAGCCUCCACAAAUUACAUGGCCUUUUGCCGCCACGUAAUCUUAGUACUGUAGCCUUAAGGAGUAAGCGCGUUUUUAACGUGCCUCUUUGUAGAACAAAUAGACUAAUGAAUAGUUUUAUCAUGCAUAACGUGGCUAUUUUCUAAUGGUUUUAUUGUAAAUUCGCGGCUCUUUUCUUAAAUUUCAUGACGUUGUAUUUUGUUCCUUUGUUUUAUUUAUUUACUGAUAUUUAUUUAUAAUAGUUAGUCUUAGUAUUCAACGUAUUGUACAGUCUGUAAUCCAGCCCUUGGGCUGCAAUGGAUUUUUAAUAAAGCUAUCUAUCUAUCUAUCUAUCUAUCUAUCUAUCUAUCUUCACAUAUAGGAACUUGAUGUUCGUAAUAAUCCUGAGCUGGAAAUGCCACCCAAGCCUGUCCCUGAUGAGUUAGGGAGUGGCCCAGAAUUCUACAAUGUGGACUUCACACUGCAGACCCAGCUGAGGAUGGCCACAGGUGCUCCUCCACCACCAGUCUGUAAGUCAAUGACAUUGGACAUUCUGUUUGUUUGAUUGUUUUUAUUUUAACCCUUUCACUGCCAAACAUGGCUAAAGGCAAAUUUCAACCAAAUUUCCAAAUUUCAUUCUCUAAAAUUUUGAGAAAUAAAUAGCAUCAUGUGAAAGUACAGGCAGAGAGCUUUCAUUUGAAUGGUCACAUCAUAGGAUUUCGUCCACAGACUCAAAAGUUAGAGUCACCCUACAAAACUCUAUCAAACACUCUGGCGGUGAAAGGGUUAAAAAUUAUUUAUAAAAAGGAUUUACUAACCUGCAUCACAGACAAAUGAUUACUUUUAACUUGGUUAGUUACAUCUGUGAAGUGUUCUGGGCUGUUAAUGGACUCAAUGAAUUGCCAGAAAUGUGUUUUGUAUUUCCUUUCAACCUGACUGACAAAUUGACAAUCUAUGGCAUUUUUAACAGACCAAUCAUGGCACAUACUCAAAUUCUGGUACACAGCUGGGGACCCAGAACAAGGAUUCGGGCGCUGUUUCACAGAAUGAUGGAAUUAACCAGAGUUUAGUUUCGUCUGUGGUACAAGCUAGAAUUCGUCUUUCUAUAGAACAUAAUUGAGUUUCUGUAAUACAACAAUGUACAGUGGAACCCCGUUAAUACGGUCACCAGUGGGCCAAGAAAAAUUGGCCGUAUUAUCGAGGGUUUUAUUUAUAAGAAAAUGUAUGGUGGUUUUUGCUAGGCCGCCAAAAAAGUGGCCGUAAUAAGGAGCAUAAGGUCUGGCAUUUUUUUCUUUGGUUACUGUUUCCUUUAAUAGACUAAAACUUUGCCCCACAUUAUGUUAUUCUUGCAUUAGGUUACAGUAGCAGCAGUAUAUAUGUUCAUUUAGAGAAGUGAUAAUCCUCCUAAGUUAGUAAUAAUAUUAUUAUUCUUGUGCUCAUACAUUUUAGUGCUUAUUAAGAGAUCAGGGAGAGAAUUUUGACCAUUAGAAAUCAUGGCACUGUCACCUUCCUCCUCUUGCCCUGAGGUUCAUUGUUUAUUGAGCACAUUCCAUUGCUAAUAGUUAGGAGUAAAGAACAAAUCAUGACAUUUAUCUAUUUUUUCCUGCAGCUCACAAGGAUUCUUAUGCUAGAAAAGUGAGUCUGGUUAACUUCUUUAUGCCUUUUUUGUAAUUUCAUUUUAAGUCAUCCAGGUUUUGUUUAGCCAUCACUAAAAAUUAAAAAUAUGUUAUAAUUGUUUAUGACAGUUGCGAAUGAGAGGUCGUCGAUAUCAUGGUCAAUCAGAAGAUUUAAAGGUACAGUAAACUUGUGCAGUUUUGUUACCUGUGUUAAAAUCUGCUUUGAAUUUAUUUUUAUUUUAAUUAACAAAGCCUUGAAAUAGUAUGUACACUCUGUGUCAUUGUAUUAGACACCUCGUGCAAGUUACAUGUAGAUUGUCAUCUGAUGUAUGUAAUUUGUUGGAAUUUUGUGGUUCAGAAAUGACAUGUGCUUAAAUAUAUUGGAAAUGGCCUCACAACUAUAACAUGUGCUAUAAUUGUAGCACACACAAUUGUAACUUUUGACAGCAUUUAAUGGCCUCUCAAACUAGAUUAGAGCGCUGUAAGAGAUACACAAUACUUUAUAUUAAUAAUUUAAUUAUGAUCUUUUCAGGGUAUGGUAGAAGAUGCCGAGGAGAAGAAAGUGUCUGGACGAAACAAAAAACUCGGCAAAAGAGUAAGUCACCAGCGUAACAUAAUUUUUACUAACAGCCUCCUAUUAUUCAAGCCAUGGUUCAGCAUUCUAGUUUCCAUAACAGAAAACAUGCAUGGGCAAUGUUUGUAUGGAUUGAUUUGUUGGAAGUGUAAAUUGAUUGGCAAUGAUGUAUUAUUGAGUUGUGGAAUGAGGUACAUUGGACCUAGUUUGUUGAGCAAUCAUGCGAAAUCGCCCUGUGUGACUCUUGUGCUUCCGUCAUGCCUUGCAACCUCCUGCAUCCAUUUAUAACCCAGUAGGAAUGUUUAGGGAAUGAAAAGGAUAUGUGUAGAGUGCUUGCUUUGCACGUUGCCACUUCUGUGUUAAGUGUGCUUUCCCACUAAUUUUGAAUCAAAUAAGAGACAGCUUACAGUGACUUAGCUAUAAUUAUGUACUGGUAACUAAAUUUCUCUGGUGAAAUGAAUUUACUAAUUCAUUGGGGCCUGAUUAACUCGAUAUGUACAUGUACUUAGUUAUGAUGCAAUACAUAAAGUUGAAACAUUUCCGAAUUUUUGAAUCAGUGUAGAUUCGUAGAAUAUUCUUUGUCUAUUUAUUUUCUUACACAUUUUUUCAUCUUUAGCAAAGUAUAGAUGAACCAGAGAAGCUUCUAAAGUAAGUUGAACUUUUUUGAUAAAAAAUAAUUACAAUUCUUAGCCCUUGGUUAAAAAAAUCUGUUAAGUCAAAGGGUUUCAGAAAUAAUAACUGUUGCCCCUCCAGUAAGAUUCCUGCCCCCUCCCAAUCUACCAUUGCUACUUGAGACAGCCAUAUUCAUAAUAAUCUGCAGUUUGUACACUAACAUUAGUAAGUUGUUAUAGAUUCUACAACACAGUCCUGUAACUUAACAAGUCUUGAUUCUUUGUCAUCAUAGAGGAAGAAAAUGGAACGAGUCACUGGUUAAACCCAAUUUAGAUUAUCAUGAUUUCUUUAAUGACACUACUGGACAAGAACCUGGUAAGUUAAAUUUAAUUAAAUAAACUUCUGCUUUUUUCUAGCCUGUACCUACGUGUAUUCUGAGUCAUACAUGUAAAGGAUUGUUACUAUUUUCAACGGUUGAUACAAUUAUUGGUAACCAAUAAUAAUUAUUGUAGCUGUUGUGCAGAUGGUGACUCAAUAUAAUUUUAUAAUGUUUGUAAAAUAAUAACCACCUUUUUCCAUUACAGGUUUGACUGUGUGGCAGAUUGAAAACUUCCUACCAGUCUCUGUUGACGAAAGUAAGGCAAUAUUGCAUAUUGUUAUUGUACUGGCAAGUAAUAGAAAUCGUUUUUGGAAUAAACAGAAAAUAAAUGAAUAAUUUGCCUAAUGAGUAUGGAUAAGUUUUGUUGUUCUUAGUAUCGUUUAGAUCCUGCCAUUUGCUUGAAGUUGAAGCAUUGUACUACAAGGAUCUUCCAUACCUUUCCCUUAUAUAUACCAUGGUAUGGCUCUCAUGGUCAGAUACUUUUUGGCAUAAAAUCUGAUAUGAAAGAAAUGUGAAAUCACGAACAACAGGACAACUACAAGGCUUUUUCCCUUGUCAUAAUCACUGACUUCGAAAGAGGAGGUCAUAACUUAUUUACCCAACCCAUGAUCCGUGAAAUGUGUGAAGUGGGUUUAAUGUCACAUCUCUUUCCAAUAAACAAAAAAGGAUGGACACAAGGCCAAUUGCUUUAACAACAUGUGUAAGUCUUAAGGAUGACCAAAGCCAAUUUUCUCCUGGUAGCAAUAUCAGUACAUAAUCAAGAGAAAAUGUUGUGAGAAUUUAUUACAUGAUCACCUGAUGGAAAAAGCUUUCAUCUAGAAACAAAUUCGCUCAACCAUCAAUUCUUUAAAGGAAAUAAUAUUUGGAGAUCAGUCUGGAUAAUUUGUACAUAAAGGAAUAAUGUUACCGUGAUAUUAAUUACUGGUAAUUACAGGGAAAAAAAGCCUGGAACUGAAUCUAAUAGACCUUUUUACCGAUACGGCGGCCUUAUUGAAUUAAUUCGAUUUAAGGAGUAUUAUAGGAUGCCAGGGGCAUGAGCACAUUUCGUUUGUAUUUUCGAGCGCUUUUCGGGCAUUUUUUCUUAACGUUGUCUUAGAAUAAGAUUGUAAUGGGAAAAAAGAUCCUUGUGCAGUGUUUGGAUGUAAUAAUGAUUGCCUUUUUCUAGUGUAGUAUUAGAAAUGUCUUCUACUGUAUACUUCUCGGGAAAAAGGCGAUCCAUUAUUACAUUCAAACACGGCGCCAGAAUCUUUUUUCCCAUUACAAUCUUAUUCUAAGAAAACGUUAAGAAAAAAUUUCCCAAAAAGCACUCGAAAAUACAAACAAAAUGUGCUCAUGCCCCCUGGGCAUCCUAUAAUACUCCUUAAAUCGAAUUAAUUCAAUAUGGCCGCUGUAUCGGUAAAAAGGUCUAUUGAAAUGAAGAAAAAAAUUUGACACAAUCAGCACAAUUUCACUACUGACUUUUUUAGUGGUGAAGCAGGUAUUGAACUCAAGCCUCGCAAUAUGAAAACCUGCAGUUAUCCUACAAAUUAAGCCAACUGGGUGGCAGUCAUCUUGUCAACACUUCUCUCUCUAGAGCCCACUCCAUUCUUCACCUUAAUGACUUUGAUCUAGUUUUCUCAUCUGCAUCAGGAAAACAGCAAAGGAAUGUUUUUUCCCCUUUCAGGUUAAUAAAGGCAGAACAAAUUAUGUGGAAUACUAAUAUAAAAAAGCCAACUGCUUUGAUUCCUUCCACUUGGUUUCCGUUCUUAACAUAGACUGUAGGAGGGCCGUGAUGAAAGUUACUGGGUCAACAGUAAUAGAUGUUACAGUACCCUUGUCUUUUUUUAAAUUUAUCGUUAUUUUCUUUUUUAGUGUUUUAUGGAAAGUUUUAUGAAGGAGAUUGUUACAUUGUUCUCAAGGUAUGUACUGCUAUUUCUUGACCAUUGACAGUGAUUCAAGAUUAAUCACUGUCUAAUGAUGUACAUUUAUCGCUAUUAUUGUUCGUUGUGGGCAGAAAAAGUAUCAUGCAGUCUGUGUUUUAUUGUAUUUUUCAUCAGACAAGUUUUGAUGAUACAGACCAGCUUGAUUGGCAGAUAUUCUACUGGAUUGGAAAGGAUGCUUCUGUAAGUCUUCUUUCCUUUUUGCGUGUGAAAAUCACAUGUAUUAUUAAAAGAAUUUACACUCUGAUUUAUGAAUAACCAAAUGAUUUAGACACCCAGUGUACCUGGUUCUGUGUUCUUUGAACCCUACUCUUCCUUUUUAUUAUUAUUUUUUUUAAUACAUCUGGUAAAAUCAAAAUAGAAUUUCUCCUUUUUUCUAUCCUUCAUAUUUCUUACAGUACAUGUAUUUAGGAAGGAGAUAUCAAGGUAACUGGUUUUGGGUGAUCAUUGGGUCAUUUUCUGAUAUACCAUAUCGCGACUUACAGGGUUUCCGGAGAGGAUUACGUUUUUUAUUGCUACCUUUUGGAGGGUUGUUACUUGCAAAACUUUGUUGUGUUUUUGUAGUGCUUGUAACAUGUAUUAAUUAAUUUUUUAUUUGUUUUUUAGCUUGACAAGAAGGCUUGUUCAGCCAUUCAUGCUGUGAACCUCAGAAAUUUCCUUGGUGCUGAGACAAGGACUCUGGUGAGUGCAACAUUCUUUUUUGGUUGAAACAUUACUUUAACUCGAAGAAUCCAACAAAUGUUUAUGAAAAGGUUGUUAUUGGUUACUGUUAAAGGGGUUGCAUUUUUCCCCUUUUGAUAUAAAUCCUGAAUAGAAGGCACGGUCAAUAAUGGCAGUGCUGACUGCAAGAAAAUAGGACAAAUUUGAGAUACUUUCCUUCUUGCGUAUAUAUUCUUCAUAAAUACCUGCUACAUAGGCUACCAUUGAUACUUCCAAUAAGUGACAAUUUUGUAACAAUAUUAUAUAAUUAUUAAUUUUAAUGAUAGUAGGCUAACUUGGCAGUGUACAAUGUAAUGUAUCACUUGUAAAUUGUGAUUUGAUCCUCUUGUUUUAUUUUCCAGCGUGAAGAACAAGAAGAUGAAUCAGAAGAAUUCAUAGAACUGUUUGAAAAUGGCAUCAGCUAUGUCGAGGGUAGGAGUCAAAUAAAUGUAAUCAAGUGCGCAGGUCAAAUUUAAGAACACUCUUUUCAUUCCCUCAUUGUGAAGUGCAUCAGAUCUUUUCAUUAAAAAAUCUGUUGUCUGAACACUGGUCUGACUUUUAAUUCCCUAUGACAAAAAGUUUGAGUUCCAGCAUGUCUUUUGGGCAAGCUGUUCUUCUUUUUUUCAUUUACCUGGGCCACUGAGAUGGUCUUAAUGAUUACUUUAAAAAUAGUUUACACAUUGAAUUAAGGUAUGUUACUACAUAUUAUGUUAAUUUUUGUGCUUAUUUUUCGUUCGUUCUUAUUUUUCUUUCUUUUUUUAAAGGUGGCACAGCAAGUGGAUUUUACACCGUUGAAGACCCUGUAAGUACUGCCAUUGUGUUCAAAUUGAAUUCAGAGAUCAGUUACUGGUACAUAAAGUCAUUUCAAUUAACGAACUCCUGUUUUCACUAGGUUUACCCAACAAGACUAUUUAGGAUUCUCAAGACAUCUAAACUUCAGCUGGAACCUGUAAGUUGUGGCUUAUCAGUUAUAAAAAAAUCACCAUGAUGACAUACAAUUUUAUUCCCAAACUGGAUAAAAUGCAAUGUCUCCUUUUUGACUUACUUUUAAAAAUUCAUCUUGUUGGCUAACCCUUUUGCAUGGAAUUGUAGCUGGCUGACUUUUUACGAAAGGCACAGAUUUAAUCUUCAAAUAGUAGUAGGUAAACAUCGAAAUUGGCAGUGGAUUUUUUCCCAAAAUGUUCCUUUUUUGUGAGUGUAACUCCGUUAGGAUCGGUCAAAAUAUCCAAAACGAGAUAUUUGUGAAAAGAUCUGUCUUUGCUGACAAUGUUACUUACCAACUUAUGAGCUUAAACUGAAAGCUAAAUGGAUCCAGGAAGAAAAAUAUGCAUCUUUCCAUACGAAACGAAAACGACCAAAGGGUUAAAAUACAUACACAUCUCCCUUGUUUGAAACCAUGUUUUUUUUUUGCUCUUUAGGUGGAUGUUAGCACUACGUCAUUAGAUCCAACAUUUUCCUUUGUUUUGGAUGCUGGGCUUAAAAUCUACAUCUGGUCUGGAGAGAGGGUAAGUACGACUUGUUAGCUACGUGUAUGUUCUUUGGCUUGCCAUUUAUUUUCAGCCAAGAAUUGCACUUUGUCCUCGUCAUAUUUUUUCUUCCCUGCCUGAACAGUACCAUAAUCUUUCUGAUGACUUAGAGGGGUAUAAUUUAUUAUUAUACCUCUUAAAGAUUAAGUGUGAAAAUUUUAGUAUCCCCUCAAACAAUACAUGCCAUAGUAAAUUUUUAUAAUAUUAAUCUCAUGUAACCAAAAUGACUUUUAACUUUUACAAUUUAUUUCAGGCAAAAGGGACAACAAAAACAAAAGGAAGGUAUGUAAUGAGAAACGAUGAUCUCAGUCAGUGAAAUAAAGUUAAUGAAUAUUACACUGCCAUACUCUGCAUAAUAGAUGAUAAUUUUCAUUUUUCAUGAAUAACUGGAAAACCCCGAAAGCUUAGUUACCUUUCGUCUAUGCAACUGAACUAUCUAAAAAUGUAUGAUUAUUUUCCCCUUAAAUUUUAACCAACAAGCAGCAAGCUCCAAAUUGUAGAGACUUGUUUUGGCUCACAUGUGUGUUUCCUUAAAGGAGCUUCAACUUUAUUUAGGCUGCAUGCAAACGGACGCAACAACUCGCAACAUUGUUGCGCAACAAUGCUGGAGUUGUUGCGUGUAUGUUGACAGUGGUGUGCAAACGGAUGCAACAACUUCCAACAUUGUUGGGACCUACAGUGCAUCGUGGGAAGGAUACAACCCAGAAGUCUUUGUAAACCGUGCGUAAUGAGCCUGCGUGGCCCCAACAAUGUUGGGAGAGCUGUGCAAACGGAUCCAACAUUGUUGCGCUACGCUUGUUGGGAGUUGUUUGCUGAAAAGUUUGACCGGUUUCAAACUUGGCGCAAUAACACGCAACAACAUGCAACAGGGUGUGCAAACGGACGCAACAUGUAACAGCCAACAAUGUUGGGAGUUGUUGGUCAACAAUGUUGCUUCCUUUUGCACGCAGCCUUAAGUUUUUCGAUCGUCAUUGUUAUUUUUGGUUUUUAAUAUAAACUACCGCGUGUUAUUUUUUUCAUUUUUAACGUAAUGGAGGCAGCAUGGUAGGGUUAACUUUUGGGCCCCAACUUGGGCCCCAAGUUCAAGUCCCAACAGACUACUGCUAGCUGGAUUUGUUCUGGGUAGUGCCGAAUUCAAAUCCUCGGCCACGCUUGUAAAAUAGCCAACUGGUUCGCCUCCUUCAGGUUGGGAUUCUUAAAAAUGCUGAAAUUGUUUCAUUAUCCCUGAAAAGCCCCAUAAGGGAAGAGGUAACUACUUAUUCUUCAAACAUCGAUUUCAGAAUUUUUUGUAAUAAUGAUAGGGGAUAAUAGUAAUUACGAUUGUCUUAUUUCUUGAUUUUUACAUACAGUCAUUUAUUUCAUUGUAGAUUGUUUGCUGAGAAGUUGAACAAGAAUGAUAGAAAAAACAAAGCGGAAAUUAUAAUGUGCCAAACAGUGAGUACUUAUAAUUAUAUUUUUUAUACGAGCCAGUCAUUAUUUCAUUGUGGUUAGUGUCUGCAUCUCAUCUUCCUGACUUCUACUAUUAAAAUGGUACUAUAAAAGCAACAUGGUUUUUUUAAGGGUGAUGAGCCAGGGGAGUUUUGGAGACUACUUGGUGGCCGGACUUCAACUCCUAUCACUGUAAGUAUUCAAGUUCAAUGGUCAUAAAAUCACCAAGAUGGAGUUAAGGACAAUGAGCACUGCAUCAGUUGUACCCAUUUCCAUUAAGAAAAGAUAAGCUUAUUAUGAGUAUUUAGAAUUAGUUUCCCCUCUCUAUUUUCCCAAUAACAGAGUUUUAUAUGUGGGCAGGGCUGAUGGUUGGUCUGCCACAGUUUGGCUUGCUGGUCAUCUAGGAACUGGCUGCCUCUUAUUAGAAAGUUGCAGAUGUCGCUGGCUACGUCGUCCACUGCAGUCUACACUCAGCGAAUACUGCCUGCAUUAUCUGGUUCCUAACUGAUUAAAUAAACGGGGAUUAAAAGUUGGCUCUGUCAGGAUAUUCAGUGACGUAGUUCUUUGAAUCCUAGCGUAGGAAUGUUGACCAAAUUUGCUUAAUUCAGCAUACUGCAGGAUGCCAAUUUAUUAGAAUGAACUCUCAGUUACUAAUUCUUGUAUUUAAUGUUUUUAGGAAAAGCCAGAAUACAAGGAAAACCCUCCUGCUCCAAUUCUUUAUCAAGUGGCUCUAGGACUCGGCUAUUUGGAGCUGCCACAAGGUUCUUUGGCGGUUUUGUUUUGGUCAUUUUAUUUGUUUUCUAGUCAGUUGUUUAUUGAUUUAAUUUUUAUGUUCUUUACAGUGGAUACCCCUGGUGAAAAGUUGACGACGAAGAUGCUGGAAACCAAAAAUGUUUAUAUCUUAGAUUGUCAUUCAGAGAUCUUUGUUUGGUACGUGAAAAUCUUGUCAAAAAACCUGUCCCUUGGUUUUUCUUCUUUUUUUUUUUUUUCAUGCUUAUUUGAUCCCUCAGCAUUUUCGUGAAAUCUUCUUCUGCAGUAUUGAAUAACUAGAGAAGAGAUGCGAAAAAUUAAAGAUUUGCUCUGUUUUCUUCGUAAAAAAAAACGUUUUUUAAGUAUGCUUAACCUUCACCACCUGAUGCUUCAUGGCGGUAUAAUUAUUCAUUUAAUACGAAAGGAAACAUAGGUUUCGAAUUUUGGAUAGCUUUGGCUCGUUGGUGACCAGAAGACAGCAAACUUAUAGCAUUUGUUGGCGACAUCUUUUGGAAGAAGUGGGUUAACCAGAAAUAUGACAGGGCAAGUGGCAAGUGUAACGUCUAAUCAAUUGCUUAAAAAAGCCACAGUGUGUCUAGACCAAGAAUCUGGUAGAAAAAAAAGACAAAUUAAAAAAGUAGGUGGUUAUCUGAUAACGCCCUUGCAAUAACAAAUUGUACUGAUAACUACAGUACUGACCAGCUGUUAAAUUCUUCAAUUCACAGGAUUGGGCGGAAGUCAGCUCGUUUGGUGCGUGCCGCAGCAAUGAAGCUCUCUCAAGAGCUCUAUACUAUGAUUGACCGCCCAUCAUUCGCAUUACAGAUACGCAAUCUUCAGGGGUAGGUAGCGUAGUAGGCUCCUUCCCCACCCCACCCCACCCCACCCCACCCCUUCCAUCCCAAAGAAGCCCUUACGGGCAGUACACACAGACAAAUUUUCUUGUAUUAAUGACUUUCAAGGAGAGACAAUACAAGCUUGAGUGAAGAUGCUGCCUUAUAGUAGUAGAACAAUCGGGGCCUGAUGAACAACAGUUUUAGCGCCAAGUGUCAUAAACAAAAUGUGCUUUUUUCUCAAACAGUUAUAAUACUUCACUUGACCUUCAGGCAACUUUGAUGACAAAUCCCAGUCCAACAGGUCAUACUUCCAUCCCCUGACUAUGUUACAGCCCUUCAGAGUUUAAUUUUGUCACGCCCUUUUAUUUAAUUUCAAAAUCAUUGUUCUGAGUCAAGCUAGUCAAAAUCGGCUGUUGGCUCAUAACAACAUCACCCUUCCAUCGUUAGAAUUAAAUGAAGGAUGAUCAUCGCAGUUGUAAACGCAACUUUUGCAGUUGCGAAAAGAAAGCCUGAAAAAAAAUCAGGCUUGUACUUUGGGCUUGUACGGGAUUCGAACCCUUAACCUCCGCAAUACCGAUGCAGCGCUCUACCAAUUAUUUUUUUUUUUUUUCUGCUUUCUUUUUCUUUUUCUUUUUGCCUAUAUAACUGCGAUGAUUAUCCUUCAUUUAAUUCUUCACUCUGCAGUUCACAUAUAUUAUUUCCAUAUAUUCAUAAUUUCAUCAUCUUUCCAUCAUUAUUGGAUAUUUACCAUUGUGCUGCAUAAAUGAUUGUGUAUCGCUCAAAUGAUCAAUCUAGUGUGGUUCUUUCCCUAAAGGGCUGAGUCACAGAUGUUCAAGGCGAGAUUCACCGGCUGGGAUGAUGUAUUAGCUGUGGACUACACGCUGAGUGCUGAUUAUGUUGCAAAGGCCUCAAAACAACUGGGUGUUACGGUAAUUUGACAUAGGAGUACUGUGCAUCAGAGAGCUUUAGAUUCUUAGACGAGUACGACUACGAGUACGAGAUUUUCUCAAUACUAAGUAGUGCUCGCGCGUGAACCAGCGUCAUUUUGGCUAACCUGAGAUUAGGCUCUAUUUUCGUUUCGCUUUUUAAAUAACAUCAGCGGUAGCCGUUAGAGAGAAUGUAUGAGAACCGCUCAAAUUGGGCCUGAUCUCGGGUUACAUUUUGGCGGGAAAACGUGGUAGCCGUCAUCACCCUACUACGAGUUUUAGCGAGAAUGUCGAAGUAGCGGAAACAAGAUAUCAAAUGUUAGAAGUUUUAUCAUUUUGCGAUCAGGAAAGGGUUUAAUCUCCUUCACUAAAGCUAACAGUGCUAACUUUUCUAGUGAAAAAUGUUAAAAUGAAGCCUUCCGUGAAGUCUCUAUUUUGAGAAUACGCGAAAAAACUUGAAGUCAAAUCUCGUACUCGUAGUCGUUCUCGUCCUUGAAUCUAAAGGUCUCUAAUGAAAGGGGCUGUACGUUGAGAUAAGGACAAAGCCACAGGUUUCAUUACAGUACUGAAAAUAUUCCUAGAAGUUCUUGGUAAGUGCAAUGAAACUCAUUAUGGUUUUUAGUCUUGCGCAGUGUACAUGUACAUGGACAAGGAAACGGUAAAAUUUGCGAUUUGCAAAAGAAAGACUAACUUUUCGUAAUAUUUCGAACAAACUGUUUAAAAUAGUAGUUUAGUGCUGUCCUUCCAUUGAUGAAAUGUACAUGUACAUCUUAGAGAUGUGCGUUCCACCUGUGCUAAAGCAGCUGAUUUCAGAUUUUAUUGUUUUUGCACUAUUUACAUAUUGAUAACGUUAGAAGUCCCAUUAUUGUCAGUAAGUAACUUUUGUCAAGAUUCCAAGUCAAAGUGCCUAUUUGAUGUCCUACCGAAAAAAGGAGGAUUGAGGUCAGUAACUUGCUGCUGUGUUUGAACUCACCACUACCACCAAAAAGUGGAGCGGUUUAGUUUGCAGUGCAGGUUUUUUUAGAAGGAUACGAACACCAGAAUUUUCUCAUGGCUGUGGUGCAUGUGCAAGUCGCCACAGAUGCUCAUGAACAUACUUGUCUUUUUUAAAAGUGGUGCGGGUGGAAACUCAGGUAGAUGCAGCGCGUUUUGUCAUCCUUGUACCUCGUAGAAACCAUGUUUGAUGUUUCCUUACAUACAUACAUACAUACUUUAUUUGAACAGCUCCCUGUCUAGGGCUCUUCCGCCGUCAAUACUAACAACUAAUUACAUGAAUAUAUCCUAAUAUGCUAAAAACUAAAAGUUACAAAUUUAACAAAUAUUUACAGACUUCCUUGUCUCUGUAAUGAAAUGAAAAAGAAUGGGCUCUUUGCAGAGAAGCAGUCACAUUCAGCACAAAAACACCUUGCUGGAGGGCAAACAACUCAGUAGAACCUUAAAAAGAAAGGACAGUAGUUCCUUGUUUUUCUUGCGCCACAUCGUCGUUUGCUCUCCAGCAUGGUGUAUAUGUCCGUUUCUCUGCAAAGGACCCAUUGUAGUUGAAAGUAACUACAGACGGUGCAAUCGUUUGAUUCAGUAUUGAUCAUUAACCUUUGUUUGUUGCACAGAACAUAACAACCAAGGAAGCUCAAGCUAAACUGCAGAAAGCUGCCAAGGUAGAAGUCCAUAAUAAUACGCAUUGUAACAGAAGCUUUCAGUUAAACACGUCAUAUCUGUUUGUAGUAAAAUCCAACUAGCGUUCUAUUAUCAAUGCUACGUUCUGAUUGGUUGAGCUACUACUAGGCUAUAUGUUAUAGCCCACUAGUAGCGAAAAGCACCGGCUUUGAAAACCAAAACAAUGGCGGCUGAAUCGUGUUUUGCUAGCUUAAGUUGUUUUGUCUCGAUAUUUUGGCUCUGAGUCAAUAGUCCAUUUGGCCUUCGGCCUCAUGGGCUAUUGACUCAGAGCACAUUCGGGCUUGAGGAAUAAUUGUUAAGUAUUGUUACUUUGGUUAGAAACAAAAUUAGUGCAGUUCUCUUGGAGCACAGAUGCUUACAUUUAGACCGAUCCCUUACACUUAGUUUAACUUGCAUCCUUUUACUUGUUAACUACCGAUGCGGAGUUGCUCAUGUGCUGUCUCGGUAAAAGUUAUUGUUUUCUUCACCAGGUUGAUCUGUCUGCCCUGUUCACCACUCGGCAGCAGCCUAUCCCAAAUAAUGAGCAGGUAAGUUGUGUUAUGCUGUGAGUGCUGAUAAGUGAGAAACUCUACAAAUUCUUUUGAAUUGCAAGUUCUAGAAAUGAAAGUGAGAUAAACCAGGAAUCCCUUUUAUUCCUCCCUAAUACUUGAGCCGUUUCGUGAGACAAUUUCCCCUUUUUUGAAUUAUAAAUCAGGUUACAGAGUCAGUAACAGAGAAAUGUUUUUAAACUACGAGGAGCAGCUAAACCUUGAGGUGCCUGGAUACCUGGCUAUCCUUCCAUCUAGUCCGUGAUUCUUUGAGAAAUUUUAAGCAAACGUUUAACAGUGGGCAACUAAGCGACCAUUUCUUAUCAGGAUAGUGAAUUAGACAUUUCUGAGUUGCCUCUGUUUCAAAGCGGGGCUAAAUACGAAGCGAUAAUACGUUUCUGGGAAACUGCCCACCUACCCCUCCCCUAACAAACAUUUUGCCCUAAGUGAGAUGUAAGUGUUACUGUUGGCUUAGGGGAGGGGUAGGUGAGCAGUUUCCCAGAAACGUAUAAUGAUUCAAAUGAUUUUUAUUCUCAUGCAAAUAAAACUCAUUUUCAAAAGAAAGGUUUUGCCUCGUUUUGAAAGUGAUUUUUUCGGAACUCGUUUUAAUCAAUUUUUUCUUCAUGGCGUGUUUUAAAAGAGACUGAGAAAAGUAUUUUACUUGUCAUUAAGGAACAGUUUGUGGAAGAAUGGAAUGAAGAUCUUGAUGGCAUGGAGUGCUUUGUUUUGGAAGGAAGAAAGUUUGUUCGACUUCCUGAAGACGAAAUAGGUGAGUAGUAGCUACAGUUGCUCUCGGGUGAUCACAUCCCUUGCCAUUCCACACACAAGACACUAACAUUAGACCUUCUGUUACACUGACUGCACUUGAUAUAAGAUCCAGAGAGAGAUAAAAGAUUUAUCGUUUGCCCAAGUAAGAAGGAGAAAAUGAAGUUUUAAACAUGUGCCUGGCUCUACGUCCUUUUCUGUACUAUUGAACGUUCGCCUUUCAGUUAUGGUUGCGUUUGUUAAAAUUAAGUUAAUUUGUGUCCACCUUUAGGUCAUUUCUACACUGGUGACUGCUAUGUGUUUCUGUGUCGUUACUGGGUGCCAGUGGAGCAACCUGAAGAGGAAGAUGAAGAAGAGGAACCCAUAGAGCAGGAAGAAGACUUCCAGUGCGUGGUAUAUUUUUGGCAGGUUAGUUUCUUACUAGAUAGUGCAUACCAAAAGUAGAAGGUUUACUUUAAGGUCACCUAAAUGAGAUCGUCCCAUGGGUUUCUACUUCACUGGAGAUAGCUGAAUCUUAGCUCUCGUGAAAUGAACAGAAUAUUUUACAAAACGCUGUGACAUUUGCUAGGAACUAAGUGACCGUGGAACGCAGUGAAUGGAUACUGGGCUGAAACGCCUGAUCGCCCCUAGAAAUCAAACCAGAUGGGUGACAUUGACUCAGUAUUUCCUGUGCGUAGCCGCCAUCUUUGGAUUUGAAACAGAAUGUUAAAGAGUAGCGGGAAAUGAUGAGAGAGGCGGGCAUUGAGCACUGCCCGCCGCCCCCUACCCCUAACCCCACCCCUUGGACUCCUUCCAACUCCUUAUUUGUUUUUAUUUGAAUGCGUUGAUCAAGUACAUAACCCGCGUAAAUUCUAGUACUUUCGCCCCACCCCGCGCAAAAAAAACCGCCCAACUUCAGUAAUAUAUAUGGCUUUUAUAUCUUCUUCUGAGUAGUUUGCACUGCAUCUAACUUGCUCCAAAAAUGCAACAUCAUUUUGUAAGCAUACUACACAAAUUAACUUGCACCAUAUAGUUGUUCGUUACAUCAUUUUGUAAGCAUACCACUCAAAUUAACUUGCAUUCUCUCUUGCUUGCACCAUAUAGUUGUUCGUUCUAACGGGGAGGGAAUUUUUACCUAGAGUGACAUGUCUUGGUCAGCCUUUUAUAGUCAUUACUUUUUAAAUGUUAUAGGGAAGAGAUGCAAAUCAGAUGGGCUGGCUGACUUUCACAUUCAGGUUAAAUUUAGCUAUACCUCUUUCUAGUUAGUUACUUAUGCAGUAUCAAACUUAUAAAAUUAAGUGCUGCUAGUCUUUUUAAAAUUUACAACUGAACGAAAGUUUUGUAGUGAUCUACUCGUUUAUCCGUUUUCAGUACAAUCACGUCAAAUGCGUUAAACUGUUAAACGUUAUAAUCGGCAUAUCCAACUGGUGAGAUUCUAUCCUAAUUUAACCAGAAAGCAAAUUGAGCGUGUGAAAAAUUAGUACGUCUAUUUUUUCAAGUUAGUUAUUUUGCAAGAGUCUCUGGUUUGCUGUUUCUGACUUCCUCUACUAUUUACCACCAUGUAUUUGAUUAGGUAGUUUCCAAUGACAUACCCUGCUAGCAAGCUUUCCAUUUCGAGUGGCGAGUUGCGACAACUGAGAACGCUCGAGUGAGCGGUGUAACCACCAGUCGUUUUGCCUUUCGCCCGCAAAAAGGAGAGUUUGCUCACAGGCCAACAAUGACACGACACUACUUUACUAAACACGAGCAUUUUGAAAUAUAUUCUAGCCUUCGUAUCAAAAUAAUUAAUAAAGACCAGUUUAGAGGAGAAAUAACUUAUUUGGGGGGUUUUCGGGAUGAAGUUCGACCUUAAAUUUGCAUUUGAGGUCAGUACAUGGCUCUCUUUCAACCACACUUGAAUCUAAAACAAUUCUCUUGUUAUUUACAGUCUUCAAAAGAAAUUCGAGAUGCUGUUUGGUGAAAAACUGGAAGUUGUUAAAACUCAGCAGGUACAUUAAGUCUGCAUCCCUGUUUAUUCUCCUGAGUUAAUUAAGCUAAAACAAAAUAAUGGGAUGUGAAAUUUGAGAUGUAGAAUGUCGUAAAGUUGUUUAGGCCCAGGCAAAAUUUGUGCGAAAGUUUGUGUUCUUAUCCUUGGUUUUAUCGCUGGCAAAGUUAUACCCAAUGGUUCUUUCACUCUAGUUGAAUGUUUUAUAAAUCAUAAAGGUGCAGUGUAUGAAUACUGCAUUCAUUGCUUGCUGCAGAUAAAGUUGUUGUAAUCUGAAUAAGGCCUCCUCCACACCUAUAUGGAUAUUUUUUUGCCCUUUUUCGGAAAAAAAAAAUAUGCGUCCAUCAGUAGCAAAUUCAAAUCUGCGUUUCCGCCCGUUCACACAAAAACGCUAUAACGAUGGAAAUACGAUUGCAUUCCUUACAGGGCAUGCGCUGUGUGACUUAUAACAUCAUCGUAUUCGAAACCUCCGUGUUUUUUUUUUUUUUUUCAUCCGUCCACAAGAAAACGGUAAGUAGACGUUUUUCAAAAAAAACGAUCUCUAGGCUGGAGGGCCUUUCUGAAAAGAUGCGUUUUCGGUGACCGUUUUCACCCGAUACGUGUGGACGGUAGGCCAAACCGGUGGAAAACUGCCCACCUACCCCUCCCCUAGGCCAUCAUUUUGCCCUAAGUGGGAAGUAAGGGUUAAUGUUAGCUUAGGGGAGGGGUAGGUGGGCAGUUUACCAGAAACCUAAAUUGUCGGAUCCAAAAAAACAAACAGUGAUCUUCGUUUUCAAACAAAAUCGGAUACGUGUGGACGGAGCCCAAAAAAUCGGUUGCGCAGGGUUAGAAAUCUUGAUGGAUUUUGUUUUAAAUACCUCUCCCUUGGACUUUUUCUUACGUUUUUUUUUCAGCAACAAGAAGCACCACGAUUCCUUGCUCAUUUUAAAGGAAAGUUCAUCAUUCACAAGGUGCAAAAUAUUUACAGUAUUGUUUUGCUUUUCUUAGAAAGUUUCCUACUUGAUGGAAAGUUUGGGGGUGAUUAUGGGCCAGUUAUUACAGUGUAUAAGUGUUGUGGUUCAAUUUUAUCCUUGGUUUAGAUUUGAUUUUCUUUUGUUUCAAACUCAUUAUCAUACAUUACUAUACCCGAAAAGAAAAGAAAGGAAAAGAAUACUUAAACCAAGGAUAAAACUGAACCACAACAUAGUACUGUAUACGUAGUUUAGCUGAUGUGUAACAAAAUCUCAUUUAGGACAUUUUUAAUUCGGGUAAACUUGAUGUUUUUGCAAAUGUACUCAACAGUGUUUACUCUAAAGAGUACAAAGAAGGCAUCGUAAUGCAAACUACAUAUAGAAAAACAUCUUAUUUAGAAUAGAGCCAACCAUAAUAGUACGUACCUCUUCACGUACACCUAAAUGGACACCUAAAGGUGUGUCGAUGGGGUUUUUCAGGAUGAGUACCUCCAAAUUCUGAGCAUGAACUACGUUGCGAUUAACAAAGAUUUGGCAAAAUUACCACCACAACUGUCUGAACGAUUUUGGAAGAACAGUUUCCAGUGCCGAGAAAUACGGCUGCAAGUAAAAUAAGUAAUGACGUCAUUUCGUUGCCAUGAAAUGAUAACUCCAAUGUCAUUUUAACCCUAUCAUAAAAAAUUUUCAUCUUUAUCUAAUACAGCUGUGGCAAUAAUUUUUCCCUGAAAUUUUGGCUGGCUUUCUUUCCAACAAAGGGAUAAAUUUGAUCUGUAAAGAGAAGUAGGUAAAUAGCAAAAUUAGCGGGGUUUUUUCCCCUUGUUUUUUCGUCUUUAACUCUGUCAGCUGGAAAGAUCUAUCCUCGCUAAUUUUGCUAAUUAACAUUUUAAUAACUUAAAUGGAAAACUUAAUGGGGCCAGAAAGAAUAAUAUACAUGGGUCCAUAUGGACCAAAAACCACCAAAGCCGACGUCAAAGAGUUAAAAGGCAUAAUAUGGACCUUCUCUUCUAGCGGUGUGUGUCUUAGACAGAAUUGAAUGUAAUCCACUUGUAGUUGUUAACAUAAUUAUGUGUAAGUCCACUGGUUUUGACAGUACUUGUUCUAGUUAGCUCUAAGGGUUUUUUUAAUAAUUGAUUAGACUACGAGUAGUCCCCCAUUUCUCCUCAGGGAUAGUAGAGCGAGCGAAACGCGAGCGCGCGUGAAAAUCACCCUACGCAAGAAAAGCAUGUAGCCUUUUCUUGAGUGGGGUGAUUUUAACCCGCGCUCGCGUUUCGCUCGCUCUACUAUCCCUGGGGAAAAAUGGGGGACUACUCGUAGACUAAUAAUUGAUUUGACCAACAGGGAAAGCGAAAGGAACCCAUUGAGAACAACAAACCUAAGUUCUAUCAUAUUCGGUCCAGUGGCGGUAUAUUGGCAAAGAGAGUUAUUGAGGUAAUUUUAAUAGUACCUUUUUGUUGACCGUCUAAUUCUCUGUCCCGUUUUAUAUCACUUAAAACAAUUACUUCUAAAUAAAGGCCAGUUUUUUAAGAAUCUCAGUAACAGGUGCCGAAGCUUGAACAACUCUGUAAAACACCGGAUUGUUCACAGUGCAGGAUCGUGUUUCAUUCAAAUGAGCGCUCGAAUGUUACCACUAACUUUUAAAGUAUAACAAACAGCAUUGUAGCGGAGGAGUGCGUGAUAGCGUUUUUUUUAUCGGAAUAGUGGUAGCGUUAAAUUUUAUUCACAUGCCUAAGUUGUACUGCUUUUAAAAAAGGUUUUCCGUUGAACGAGAUCACCCUGUUUUUUAAUUAAAAGCCAAGGAGAUUAAAAGAUAUGUUAAAGAUUAUCAUUUAAACAUGUCAUUGUUUAUUUUGUAGAUUGAGACAAGUGCAAGGCACUUAAACUCUGAAUUCUGGUAAGUAACAAUUAACUGUAUAUCUUGUCAAGGUAAAUCUGGAUGUUUUAAUGACUAAAGGCACUCUUGAUGUUCCUUGUACUUGAAUGUACUAACGCAGUCUUUGCAAUCGAUAGCUACAUCUUGAAAGUUCCUUUUGAAAAUUAUUCAGAAGAUGGAAUCAUCUAUGUCUGGAUAGGCAGGUGGGUGCAUGUUUGAAAAGAGUAAGUUUGUUAUCAACUGUGAUAAUUUUUAUUUAGAUCCAAUAACAUAGAUAGUUUUCAAUCACGUGGCUAGCAUCGAUGCAAAUGUAUUGGAACAAAACCAAGUUUUUACAUACGAAAAAUGUUGAACUCUCUAUUGGUUAACAACGUUAACAUGGCCGCCGUUUCAUUUUUUGAAUUCCAGUAUAGCGGACAUGACGUCAUGUGAAAAUGUUCUAUUAACGCUAUGCUUCACUUUGUACAUCAAACACUAGAAGGAGUGUUUCAACCGGUAUCUAAACACCUAGGAGUGGACUGAAAAUACCAGGUGUCAGGAGAUGUUCUCAAACACUAUGUAGAGGGUCUGAUGUUUUCUUCUUAUCGAUUUUGAAGAAAUUAAAGCAACGGUUCCUUAAAAAUAAUUUCUGUGAUAGAUGGCACUGUUCUCUUGAGUAAUUUUCUUUGGUUUUCGUCAUGAAUUAUUUACGGUUUGAGAAGUGAAAAAUUCAGUUAAUAAUAGGUACUUUUUGUUACCAUACGUUUCAGUUCCUGGUCUUGUUGUAAAUGAUGGUUUUAAAGGGAAUGUAGUCAGCAUAGAUUUAAUAUUACCUGUUUGUUGGUUGUCAGUAAGAGAAUUGGAAUUUCUUUUCUUAUUUACCAAUAGCAAAGUCACUGAAAGUGAUGCUGACCAUGCCAAGGAACUUGGAAAUGAAAUUUGGGAUGUAAGUUGGUCACAAAAAAUGUUUUGAACAUCCUCUUAACUUAUUCAUAUAAAAUUAAUAAACAAAAUAACAGUCCAAAAACGCUUUAUGGCUAGUUUUUAAAUGUCAUUUCAAGUUGGGUGCGGCCCGGCUAGGCCUGCAAUGGAACUUUCGCUGUUUGUGUUAACCGUCCGAGUUUUUAUUGUGACUUCAUUGUAGUGUAGUGCUCACUGUGACUUCUUGGAUAAGUUGUGUCAGGUCAGUUCGACAUUUAAGGUGUUGUAUCGCUCCAGGAUUUCCCUUUUCACGUUGUAGGACAAUAGCAAAGGAUAGUCUACAAAUUGUUCGCAGAACGGCUCAAGAACUCAUAAGCAAACUUGAUACAACGCAGUCAAAGCCUAUUUAUUGCUGCCAACGAAAGCCAGUUUAAAAACGGCGAAGUAGUAAAAGCUUUAAAGUGAAACGAGUUUAAGUAGAAGGAAGGUGAGCGCUCCUCGCCGCUAGGGACGUCCCUAAGAGGAGCGAUGUGAGACGGCUGUGUAUUCGCAGGCAAACCCAGUGUUACUAUGAACUAACUUUUUACUGUAAAAAGGAUAUAAAGAGCACCAGCAUACACUUAUCAGGGCUGUGCUCUAACAGAGCCCGGUGGCCCCUGGCGCCGACCUUUUGCUCUUGGGUGACUAGAAAAUCUUAGUUUUUUGCUAGGCACCUUAGAUUUUACAGUUUCAGAGCACUGGGCGCCCUUCAAUUUUCCUUAGAGCACAGCCUUACCUAUCCAAAACUGUAUAAUCAGAAACUUAUGGUACUUGCCCUGUCAGAUUUUGUUAGAAUAAGUGAAAACGUUCGCAUAAACUGCUACACGUGAUUUUUUUUUGGUUUUCGAGGAAAUAAAGCGGUGAAAAGUGCAUGCAAGACUUCGGCACUCUAGGGACCUCCGAACAGAUAUUCCAAGAAAACAGUCAUUGCAUACCCCUGACAACUUCCCUUCUAGCAGAUAAGAGGCCUCUUUUCGCUGGUAUUCCUCCCGUCCGCCGAAUACCUGACCAGGGAAAAGAGGCGUCUGCUAGCACGGGACCUAACAAGGAGAAGAGAGGCAGGUUUUUAAAGCGAUAAAAUUUAAAAGAGGGUCGUGAAGGGGGGUACCAAAUCCCAGUUCCCAGCCUAAAUUUGGCCCAAAUCCCAGUUCCCAGGCUAAUUUUUGCCAAAAUCCCAGUUGCCAAAUCUAAAAUCCCAUUACUAAUGAUUAUUUGCAAAAUCAUGCGCAUAAUAAAUUAAAAGCACUGAUUGACGCUAUUUGGAUACACGUACCUUCACCUGGACUGAAGAAAAUCUCUCAUUCUGCUGGUGAACACUCUUUCUCUUCCAGCCCUUGUUGACAUAACCAUAUGAAAACCAAUUCUAUCAUCUGCACAAUCCUCGUCUGACUCACUGUCUCCGCUUUCACUGCUAGCUGGUAGCUAGACCGCGGGCGCGAAGGCGAAAAAUACUGAUUUCACGGUCUCUACUGAGGAGUGCAAGGUCUAUUGCUACGAAAUUUUAUUUUUCUAUUUCAAAAUAUUGGAGCAAAGACCGCUGAAGAAAAGAAAUCCCAUUCCCAUUUUAUAGUUGUUCAUCCCAUUCCCAGUGGCUAAAUCCCAGUCCCAGUGAGUAAAUCCCAUUUUCCCAGUCCACAAUAAGGCUAAUCCCAGUUCCCGUUUUACCCCUUCACGACCCUCUUAAAAUGAAUUUGCUCUGUUUCAUAUUUACUUUAUGUUACUGGCUUUUGUUAUCAGAGCGGCUACACUGUUCAGAUUGUAAAUGAAGGAGAAGAACCUGAAAACUUCUUUUGGGUGGGCCUCGGAGGAAGGAAAGAAUAUGAUAAGGUAAGUAAUCCAUUCAUCCUCUCUACCCUUGGGACGUUUUUUGAUCCGUAACUGUCGCCCUAUGAUAGUCUUGGAUUCUGGAUUCUACGCUGUGGAUUCAGGAUUCCAGAUACUGGAUUCCAGUCUAUGGCAGUUGAACUGGGAUUCUGGAUUCCAUUUGUUAGUGGGAUUCCGAAUUCCUUGAGCUGUAUUCCGGAUUCCAAAGCCAAUGAUUCCCGAUUUUACGGGUAAAAUUUUCCCGGAUUCGGCUUCCACAAGCCCAAUUUUCCCGGAAUCCAGAUUCCCUUUGCGUGGAGCAAUAACCGUGUAAAAACCAAGGGCGUAACCGUGACUACAACGAAACAACAACGACAAACCUUGUCAACCAUGGACACGAUUUAUUGAUUUUAUCCUAGAUAUUUUGAGAAUGGAACUUCGGCGCCAAAGGACAGCCAAAGUAUAAGCAAUAAACGAUGUAAAUAGUCUUCUCAUUUUGGUAGCUAGGGAGAAACUUAGUAAACUUGCAGAGUACUAAUUCUUUCCAUUUUCUUCAGUCUGCAGAAUACAUCAAGUAUGUGCGGCUAUUUCGCUGUUCCAAUGAGAAAGGAUACUUUUCUAUCUCUGAGAAGUGUUCAGACUUUUGUCAGGUGAGAUAAAAGUAUCUCCAGCAACCUCCCUUCAAGAAAUGUUCUUCCACUGGGAAUAGAAUAACGUAGUAAUGAGGCAAAAUGUUCAUUUGGUCCUGUAACCAUUGUAGAUCCACCAAUCCAUAUGCUGCAGUUUUGUCACCUUUCCACCUAGGGUGGAGUGGGGGAGCAACCUCGUCGCCAGGUCGCUUUUCCCUUGCUUUGGAGGUGGGGCGGGAAAAAAAUUAUUUGGUCAUUUUCUUACAUAAAUUACCUAAAUCAAUCAACCAAUCAAAAUGACGGAUCGACCGGCCGAUGCCAGGGCCUUUUCCCGCCCCACCUCCAAAGCCAGGGAAAAGCGCCCUAGGGACGAGGUUAGUGGAGUGGAGGGGGUACUCCCUAUGAUGGCCUGUUCGAGGCGGCUCCGCCCGAAAGGGGUUCCUUUUUCAGGCUUCAGGUAUAUGAAAGCAUUGGAUUUCACUAAAAUACACUUGAAAUAUCUGAAAGGGUAGGGAAAUCUCUCAUUUUAGGCCUAUCAGAUGCAUUUUAUGGCUGUUAGAAAGUUAAGAAAACAUUCUGGUAUUGUGAUUGAUUCCUAUUUAAAAGACCGUGAAUUUGCAGCAGUUAAAGGGAUGUAAAGUUCUAAACUAGCUUUGUGAAAGUAGUACCAUAAAAGGUAUACGAAAGGGGUAUCUUUCCUGUCAAAAAUGGUAUGUAAAAAAGUAAGGGUUUGGACCUCGGGUCGGAGCCUCCCAGUACUGAGAUCCCCCCACUGGGGCUUUUCCAUAGUCAACUGUCCCGAAGGGAUAUCCCAGUAGCCCUUCCUUAAGCCCCCACUGCAAAUUUAAAAAGGUUGCCAGGUUGGGUCCCAUGAAUGUCAGUGUUCUUUAUUCAAAAAAUGAUAUCUUUCUUUACCAUCAGGAUGAUUUAGCUAGCGAUGAUGUCAUGAUUUUGGACACAGGACAUGAGGUGCGAUGACUUAUAUUGAUUAUAACUGAGCAUGUGCACGUUUAAUAAACGCAAUUCAGUCCACGCUCUCAUAAACUGAUGCUCUCCUAACUUGCAGCCACUGUAAGCAAAAUUAUCCGAUUUUAAUUGUCCGCUUACGAAACAGAAUCCCGUAAGCCGCAAGCUCAAAUUGCAGACACUUUUUUCUGUUUUUGAAGGGUGUCUUUUUAAGGACACCUUGACUGUACUUCUUCUUUAAAAAGACAAUGCUAAAAGGGCAAAAUUGUGUUUCCUCACUUUCUAUCUUGGAUGUUGGAGAACAGCUCAAAGACGCAGGUCACACUUAAAAUUUGAGAACGCGAUGGUUAUACAACAAUCUGUGAGGAGAAGAAUGGGGGAAGACAUAGAAAAUGCCGUAUUGAACUUUUGGCCCUGUACGAGAACAUUUUGUGAUGUGCGGAAUCGUCUAACAUCACUUGACCAAAUUUGUAUCGAGAAGGCGUCGGUAUCACUCUGACAGUUUUUUGUCGUUAAACGUUUUCCGCUUUGUUUGUUUAUUGCAUUCUGAGAGGAAUCUCUUUUUUUAUUGUGUUACGAGGAAUACAUUUAAGUUUAGUUAAGGUCAUGUAAUCGCCAACCGGCCAAAAAAUAUGAACAGAUUUUUGGCCCUUUUUCUUUCACUAAACUGUUUGUUGUCUUUAAAGGUAUUUGUUUGGAUGGGACCACAAUCCAGUGACGUUGAAAGGAAAAUGGCCAUCAAAAGUACCCAGGUACAAUAACUUUGUAUCAUUAGAUGAGGUUUUUGUGAUAUCCGGAAUAAUCAAGGUCCAGGUAAGUGUUAUCAGCCGAGCGGACGGCCGAGGCUGCUAACACUUACCGAGACCUUGAUUAUUACAUUGUUUUCAAGAAAAUAACGACAAACACACCGUCGCAAGGAACCUAAAUUGAUAUUGUUGUUGGAAAUCAUGCAUUGCGCGUGCAACCUACAGAUCUGUAGGUUGCGCUGAUUUCCAAAAUUAGCUGUAGGCUCUUAGCCAAUGAGAGGACAGAUAGUUAUAUGUAUAUUAAUAUUUGUGUAUGUGAAAUGUAAUUCACGUGAUACUCUGCUAGCAAUUUUUGGUCAAGUCGCCUACCGGCAUUGUCAACAACACGCAAGAGCACCUUUAAACCUGUUUAUAUCAUUCCUUAAACACCCCAAAGUAGACAUGAUUGGACACCCUCUUUGCACGUGCUACUAGCGCUUCCGCCUUUUAUACUACCCUAGUUGAAAUUUCUGCAAUUUGAUUGGCUUAGAGCAGUGGUGUUUCAGCGUAAUUUGAAAUACGUACAUGUGAAAAUUACAAACCUUUUGCGGGUAGUAGUAUAAACAAAUAACAGCAUGAUUUGUACGUGAUAUUUGGCAUAAAUACCACUAGUGAUAUUUCAAAAUUGUCUCAAAUUUCACUCGCCUAACGGCUCGUGAAAUUUCGUAUACCAAUUUCGAAAUAUCACGCGUGGUAUUUAUGCCAAAUAUCACUACAAAUCAUGCUAUUACCUAUACAAAUAGUGAUUUCUUUACUAAGUAAUUCAUGUACGACAAAGAAAUAGGGCAUUGCCGAGUUCCGAAAACCCUCACUUUCAAAAUGAGGCGAAGUGCACAACCUUGCUUGUGAAAAUGAGUUUUAUUUGCAUGAGAAUGGAAAAUGAUUUUCAUAUCAAAGGCUGAGCACUUAACUUCGAUUUGAUAGAGAGGCCCGGGGGAACUGGGAAAUGGCCUAUUAAAAAACCUUCGUAUGCACAAGUGAAAUUGACUCCACUAAACUGCGCCUGAGACAAACGUGAGGAAAUUUUGGUCUUCCGCCAUGUCAAGUUUGUAUGGACGCGGGCGUUCAUAUAAGAAGUUUCGAAAUUUUGCUUUGUGUGUAAUGCAUAAAUAUAUUUGUUCCAAAAACGCAAGUUUUGUUUCUACGUUACAAGUAAAGUAUGGGGCGGUUUUCCGCCCCGUUUUUUUCAUCUAGGAGGUAAGAAACCGACUUUGGUCACUUCAAAUGAUAGUGAUUUGUUUAAUAUCUGGGAGGCAGUAUAUAAAUACACCUGUAAUGAAAAAAUAUGUGAAUAUCAUAUAUUAUAGAACUGCGAGUUGAAGAAUUUAAUAUAUAGAAGAUCAUCGUAGUCGCAAACGCAACUUUUGCAGUUACGAAAAGAAAGCCUGAAAAAUUCAGGCUUGUACGGGAUUCGAACGUCCUUCCUUCUUAAUUGCGAAAUCGAGUUGCUUUUGUCACCGGGAUGAUCUUUGCGUUGAAUUAAAACACCUUUGUUUCUUGUAGGUUUAUAUUCAACACCUUAUGCAGCUUGACAGUUCUAGUCCAAUACGGAAACUUCGCUGUACCUUUAGAGGAAGAGAGCCACAUCAGUUUACAAGGUGUUUCCAUGGAUGGGGGGAUUUUCAUGACCCCAUGAAAUGAAUUCUCUGUCUACAUGCUAAAUCUGAUUGACGAAAAAAUUGGAUGGACAGUUUUCCCAUCCUCAAAUCUAUGCUUCGUAACAUCUCCUAAGGUGGUAGCAUAUUGUAUGAAGUAUUGCGGCAGCCGAAUGAAAUCAGCACUAUCUGAGUGGCUGGUGUGUCUGUCUUGUUACUACGUUGCCCGCUUUGAUAUACGACUGUAAUGUCUAACAUAGUUCUAAGCACUUUUUGGCACCUUUCAUAGGAAACCGUUCGUUUCGAUACAAAGUCAAGCAGUGAAAUUGCACAAACAUUUUGUUCGCUUCCAGUAUAAAUUGCGAGUGAACAAGACACAUAUUUGAGGUGAAUAUCUUCGUUCUGUAAACCAAGUACGUGGAACUAUUUACACCUCAAAUGAAUAAACUUGUAUCGAAACAACUUUGUAUCGAAACGACCGGUAACCCUCUGAUAUGGGCGAGGCCCUGUUAGGGUGAAAUUCAGCCAAGCCACAUGGCCAGCUACACUAGACAAAAAUGGAUAAAAUGGUGGACAAACGACAUAAAGAUGGUUAAAUACCAAAAGGGACAUGGCCUACUCCUCAAAAUUAGAAAUGAACGUAUUUGAAAUUCAGAUUAGGGACAUACAUAACCCCUCCCCCUCCUCCACGUAAGAGAGCCUCAUGGGCGUUUAUGGUGCUGAGUUGUUUUGUAACCUGAAUAAGUAGGCUCAAAUGUUCAUACAUAGAUCGAGACUGUAGUCAAGGCUCUACGAAAAGGACAUCAUUUUUUUGAUUUGACCUCUCUGAGUUCUCAAUCAUCUUAUCCUAUUGGGGAGGAAAAAACAUUAGACUUGAGAGAGUGGUGUGGUAAUCGAGCCUUAACAAAAUUAUCCGUGAUAAAGAUUGUCAAAAAACAUACUGCAUCUUGGGCCGCGGUCGUUUUCCUCUAUACGUGACGUCAUUCCAUGCAAAGUAGAACUGGCGUGAAGCUGCUUUGAAUAAAAGUGGAGGGAAACAGUACCUCAGACCCUGUUUGCGUAGUCUCCCUCGCCGUUGUCUCGUCACGCAAUGCUUUUCCCGUUGGGGAGAGACUACUGUUUACUCGGAUCCAAACAAAUUUGUGAACGGACGAAUUUCUGUGCAAAUUUCGCGGCAGAUUGCAGCACUGUUGGCCGUUCAAAAAUUUGCACGGUUCCCUGGGUUCCAUGUAAACGAAAGCAGGAUCUUUGCAAGAUUUUCUCUGUUCAAAAUUUUGUGCGAACCCGUGUAAACGCCACGGGGCCUCAAGGUGUUUGCUUUUUGUUUUAGCUCCUCAACUUGCUCAUAUUUUGUUUCAAAAGUAAGAGGAUUAUAUUUUGCCAUUAUGUCAAACAAUAACACAAUAGAAAGCACUAACUGGUUUUUGAGUGUGUCUAGACUCUGUUUUCAGCCUAAAGAGGUAACUUCUAACUUAGAUGCUUGCUGAACUUUCCGUUGGCAAUUAACUUUAAAAACAGUUCUAGAUGUAUGUCAAACAAAAUAAUCACUUCCCGCAGUUUUUUUUUUUUUUUUUAUUUAAGUGUAUAUGAGAAGGGACAUAAAAACAGUCCUACAUUGUAUAAACCUGUAUGUACUUGUAAUAAAGUUAAUUUUAAAAUUUAUUAUUACUACAUGAUUUGACAAAAACUUUUGUUUUUCUCCAACCAAACCGUGAAUGGAUACAACUAACUCCAAUUUGCAACAUUGCAUACAUUAUAUACUACAUGCUAAUAUUUUAAAACCAGUGCAGUAUAUUGCUUUACGGAAAAAUACUCAUUUCCUCCUAACUCGAUAUUUAAUUUCUUACAACACAAAUAUUGUCUUGUUUAUUUUUAACUAUUUUAAAGUAUCUCUCAGUUUGAAUUAUUAAAUAUGUCCAACCCCUGCUGAGUACCCAUAUACCAC